UCACCGAAUUCUCUUGUAGUAUAAGCGCGAAUUUCAGACGAAAUAGAAUGUGGUUUAAGUUACUGUUAAUUGUGAGUGUAACGAUUUGUGCUUCUGCAGGCUCAAAUCCGAAACGACAGUUAUUCAAACAUGGAUCGAGUGAAUACUUAAAUCCGGAAGACAAACUUUUUGAAACGGCCGAAGUUCAACCAUUCGUUGAUCCAGUUGAUGGAAUCAGUUAUCGAUUGCCUAAUGACACUACUCCACUUAGAUAUGAUGUAUGGCUCUCAACAGCCAUUCAUGAGGGAAAUUUCACUUUCGACGGUAGAGUGAGAAUACAAAUUCAAAUAAUUGUGAAUACACCGAACAUCACCUUACACACUCGUCAACUAACCAUCACUGGUGUCACACUUCUUGACGCUGAACAAGCACCGAUCGAAGAAAAUGUUGCUUAUGGCCGUCGUGAGGUUCAAGAGUUUUUGGAUAUUCAACCAAGUCAGUCGUUGGUCAGUGGUACGAUUUACUGGGUGGAAAUUACCUACUUUGGAACGUUGAGGACUGACGAUGCCGGUUUCUAUCGAUCUUCAUAUACGAACUCGGCUGGAGAACGAGUUUGGCUGGCUACAACCCAAUUCGAAUCCACGGAUGCUCGACACGCCUUUCCAUGUUACGACGAGCCAGCAAUUCGGGCCACAUAUUCAAUCGAAAUCCGUCACGAUGCAAGUUACAAUGCCAUUUCGAAUACACCAGUUAUAACCAGAACGCCAGAAGAUGGAACAAACUUCGUUACAACGAGAUUUGAAGAGAUCAUUUCGGUACACAGCUAUCUGAUCGCAUUCAAAGUUUCCGAUUUCGAAUUCGUCGAAGAUUCCACACGAAAUGUACCGCACAGAAUCUACGCCAGGCCGCAGUCCAUCGCAAGUGGUCAUGGUGAUUUUGCAUUAAGCAUUGCGGCAGAUUUGUUGGAAGGAUUCGAACAACAUCUCGGAGUAAAUUAUUCGUUGCCAAAGAUGGACCAGGCGGCGAUUCCGGAUUUUGCAGCAGGUGCUAUGGAAAAUUGGGGACUAGUCACAUACCAGGAACAGUACUUAUUAUACGUUCCGGAAACAGCACGUACAGUAGACGAAGAAAACAUCAUCGCCGUCAUGAGCCACGAAUUUGCGCAUCAAUGGUUCGGAAAUCUGGUUGCGCCCAGGUGGUGGAAUUAUCUGUGGCUGAAUGAAGGCUUCGCUACAUUGUACGAAAAUUUUUUGACAAACGAAGUCUUUCCUGGAGAGCGCUGGGAUGAUAUGUUCUACACUGAUACGGUCAUUCCCGUUAUGGAAUACGAUACCAAUGUUAAUAUCCGGCCCAUGACCUACUACGUAGAAAGUCCGUCCAACAUUGAUCGCUUAUUUGACAGCGUUGCUUACAGCAAAUCUGGAUCUGUACUCCGAAUGUUCCAACACGCCUUGGGUAAAGAAACGUGGACGAAAGGACUUGGGUAUUACCUGACAGAUAGAGCUUACGAUUCAGCAAUAUCGGACGAUCUGUAUGACGCUUUACAACGCGCACACAGUGAAGAUAACCCGGGCUACAACUUGAAUGUGUCUAGAGUAAUCCGUUCAUGGGAAACGCAGUCGGGAUAUCCAUACGUCAAUAUUUCGCAAGUAGUGUUGGAUGACCUAAUCGUAACCACUUACACCCAGAAUAGAUUUUUGUAUGCUGACCGUACGGAACGAAACUGCUAUGACAUUCCGCUCACUAUUGUCGAUAUGUUCAAUCGAGAUUUUGAAAACAGUCGACCGUAUUUCUGGUACACAUGCUACUUCAAUCGCGAUUCCUACGAAAUUAGAACGAAGAAGAGUCCGUUAUGGGAACCAUCGUGGGUGGUUUCCAACACUCAACGUAUGGGCUACUAUCGUGUCAACUACGACCUGAACUUAUGGCGACUGUUGACGGAACAACUAAAUUCCCCCGGAUUCGAUGAGAUUCAUGUUUUAAAUCGUGCUGGAACAAUAGACGAUGCCUAUCAAUUUGCACGCUCUGGUCUGCGAAAUUACGAUUUACUCUUAGGCUUACUCAACUACCUGGAACGAGAAACCGAUUACAUUCCAUGGGCAGUAGCUAAUAGAGUUAACACACCGUUGAAUCGCUACAUAACUGGCACUUCAACCCACCGAGCGUACCAAGCAUUCAAUCAGAAAAAUGUUGAGCGUCUCUUUGAUGAAUUGGGAGUGAAGGCGAUCGCUGAUGAGCCAAGAGUUAACCGAUAUGCUAGACACAUUGCCAUAAAUAUCGCUUGUCAGGCGCAACUACCCCAGUGUUUAACACAGACUAACGAGGAGCUUGAAGCCUGGCUCUUCGACAAUGUGGCCAUACAUAAUGACUUGGUACCAUACAUUUACUGCAAUGGAAUCCGAAUCGCUGACGGAGACACUGUUACAGCUAUGAUUGAAAGAUUAACAUCAUCUGACGUUCAGUCCAGUCGAAAUGCAAUAAUAACUGGACUUGGAUGUAUUCAAGAUUCCGACUUAUUGGAAUCAUUCUUUGCCCUUGCUAUUUUGCCAUCUUCGCCAUUCACCACAGCUGAACGAAGUCGAAUAUUAACAUCGGCAGUUAAUAACGGCGAAGAAUCCAUUAACUCAAUGAUCCAAUUUCUGCAACGGGAAUUCAGGGCAAUUGCUGACUAUGGACUGGUAUCUACAAUCUGCUCAAACAUUGCGUCUCGCAUUCACAACGAAGAUUUGCAAGAAGAUUUCUUCGAAGUGUUGACCACUCUGGAAACAGGCGGUUUUAUCUCCGCUGCUCAAGCUAACAAUUACAGAGCCUCAUCGUACGGUCUGUUGACCUGGCAACAAGCAAACAUGAGAUACAUUGAAGAUUUCUUUGACGAGGAAGAAUGUCCAUUGGCUUGUCGAGAACUCAUCGAUGCUAUUGAACGUCCAUUCCUUGUAAAGGCAAAAAGAUUGGAGAACAAAAUCUCUGCACAAAAUAAGAGAUUGGCUAAGCAGGAUGAGAUCAUCGCCAAAUACGAACAAAGAUUGAUGUCAAUUGAGAAGCAGAUGCAAGAAAUUCGAAACGAGCAAUAAACGUUUUAAGAAUUC